UCCGCCACGAACCUCCAUCCGCGCCAGCAUUCACUAUGGCGAACUUGAAGAAUCUGUACCAGGAUCUGCUGCGCUCGUUUACUGCGCCGAACCCGGACCUGAAGAAAUGCGGCACGCUGCUGACGCAGCUGAAGCUCGGGCUGAUUGAGAACGGGCUCCUACUACCCUCGGGCGACCGCAAUUUGGAGGACCUGGCUGUGGCGCGCGACAUCCUGGAAAUUGGCGCGUUCUGGAGUAUCAGGACGAAGGACGUACCAUCUUUCGAUCGCUACUUCUCGCAACUGCAGACCUUCUACACCGACUUCGGCUCUGUCCUCCCUCCUUCCAAGCGCGAAUACCCCAUCCGCGGCCUCAAUCUCAUCCGCCUCCUCACCCAGAACCGCAUAGCGGACUUCCACGCCACGCUUGAGAGCCUGCCACUGCGCACAGACGCCAUCCCCGACAACCCAUACAUCGCGCACCCCGUGAACCUCGAGCGAUGGCUAAUGGAGGGCAGCUAUAGCAAGGUCUGGAACGCGCGCGCGGAGGCGCCGGCGGAGGAAUACAAGUUCUUCGUCGAUAGUCUUAUGGGGACGAUACGGAACGAGAUCGCGAGUUGCGAAGAGGCAGCGUAUGAUAGCCUGCCGAUGAAGGACGCCGCCACAUUGUUGUUCUUCAAGUCGCAGUCGGAACUUAUGAACUUCGCGACUUCGCGAGGAUGGUCAGUCGACCUCAACUCCAGCACCAUCCACUUCCAGAAGAAGGGGGAGGAGAAGAUCGAGAUCCCCAAGGAGAAGCUCAUCCACGCCGAUCUCAUGUACGCCAGAGAGCUAGAGCAAAUUGUGUAA